AUGUCAGUCUUAGAUCCACGACACCUGCUUCUUGGCCUGGCCGCAGCGGCGUCGGCACAGCUGUCGGCAACGUUCUAUGAUGCAUCCUGCCCGAGCGCGCUGGCAACGAUCAAGAGCGGCGUGACGGCGGCGGGAUGCAACGCGUCGGUGCUGCUUGCCGACACCGCCAACUUCACUGGUGAGCAGACCGCGUUCCCCAAGGUCAACUCCAUCAGGUCUCGCCUCACGGGACUCGACGUCAUCGACGGGAUCAAGGCGCAUGUCGAGGCCGUCUGUGCACAGACCGUCUCCUGUGCCGACAUCCUCGCCGUCGCCGCCCGAGACUCCAUCGUCGCCCUAGGAGGGCCAUCAUAUACGGUUCCGUUGGGGAGAAGGGACUCCACCAGCGUGAGCCUCUCGAAGGCAAACAGGGACCUCCCUCCGCCAACCUCCGACCUCGCUGAUCUCGUCGGCAACUUCUCCAGGAAAGGGCUCAGCGUAACCGACAUGGUUGCACUGUCAGGUAAUUAA